UAAAACCAUAUAAACAACAUUCCAAACAACAAAACCAACCUGCACAAUGUAGGUGCACAAGUGUUGAGAAAUCCUCUCUGGUCUCAAAGCAUUUACCUGAAAUCAUGUGACUCUGAUCCUGCUUAAUAUGGCAAAACAGGAAAUGCAUUAAGGAGGGAAAGUGAGUAAUAAAAAGAGGACAGUUCUGUCCACACUCUAGUGCAAACACACUUGAGAGACAUUCUUGUGAAUGACGCAGCUUUAGAGAAAUGGCUUUCAGGACUCAGCAAGCAAGCAUCUGCCUGCUUCUCUUAAUCUUAGUCUGCUUACACUUCAUCACUGAUGCAGUAUACAUUCGAGAAAAAUGUGAGUGUGUUGAAGAAACUGGCUCAGUGCAAUGGAGAAAAAUUACAGACUACAGGAUCAUAGAGAAAGAUCCUCUUUGCAAAAAGGUUCAAAUCAUAGUCCAGCUGUCAGGUAAAAAAGCUUGUCUAAAUGCAGAGUCCAAGCAGGGGGAAAAACUACAAAGAUGCUGGAGAAGGAUUAAAUUCAACACACAAAGGAAGAAGGACUGUCUUAAGCUCAAGAAGAAGAAUGGAGCAAAAAAGCCCAAGAGGCAUUAAUUCAACAAUCAUUACCUUUUAUGUGUAUAAAUACUAUUUGUUAUUUGCUCAAAUACAUGAUAUAUGUAUUAUGUAGAUGAAAUUUGUAGAUGUAGUAUAUAUAUAUAUA